CAAGUGGCUAAUUAUGAGCAUGCAUUGUCCAUCGCUUGUCAUCGCAAUGAGAAAAUAGAAUUUAGUGAUUUUACCUUGCCAAAACCCAAUGAAACAAGCACUCCGUGGACAUUUGUCAUCAUGCAAGUAUGGCGAGAGGGAACUAUUCAAGAAGUGACGGUAGAAGAAGAACUGAUCCACAAAUGUGGUCGUGAAAUGGAAAAUUCAGAUAAACAAAAGUGGUAUGAAGCUGAUGGAAAAGGUGGGGCUAAAGUAGUUAAAGGGCAGGAUUUGCAAAAUAGCUUAGUUAAUCAUGGAGAAGUGACGCAUGGGUAUCGAAUGCAUCGGGAAGAUUUGGUGAAAUUUGGUGGGCAUAAUUGGGACGAUACGAUUGGGAAGGUGGUGAAGGUAAAUAUUAAUCAUAAACUUAAGACAGGUGCAAGGUUUAUGCAUGAAAAAGCAGACGAGCAGCGCAUCAAUGGCACUAAAGCAAAUGCUUCUUCAGGCGCCUUGGUAGAAGAUGAAGAAAGACCAGGAAAUGCUCUAAGAAUUCAGAAG